ACACGCACCACGCACACGCACCACGCACACGCACCACGCACACGCACCACGCACACCUUAGCCAAUCCACAUAGCCAUAUGCUUAAUUCAAAUAUUUGUGAUCUUGACCGAACCAAAUUUUGUCCGGAACCCAAAACACCCAGCCGAUGUUUCCCAACGACCAUCGCUUUAUUUUGGUCCGUUGCGUAUUCCCCGGAUUAGGGAAACCUAGCAUCCGUAAGCUAGUACAACGUGCUAAUUAGCUCUAAGGUUGUUUUUUUAUUUUAAAGUAUUUCAUAUUUAAAUAGAACUCUUUAAUAUAUUAAGUACGUACUAAAAUGGUUGAAAUGUAAAAAAACACUAGUGGAUAUAUAAAUUACGCACUGCGUAAAUAACAAUACACAGAGCAAGAAGACGUUUAGACUUCUGACUGUCAAUAAACGUAGUAAAAUGUCGGAGUCCGGUCACAGCCAGCCCGGGAUGUACGGACAGGGACGGAGGAGACGUAGACGCAGGGACAGGGAGCCUGGACCACCUGGACAAAACCUCUCCGGACCGAGUCGUGAUCGUGACUACGGCCCUCGGGAGCGAAGAGAUGGAAGCGAGGAGCCGUCUGGUCCACUUCUUCAGAAAACUCCUAUCAUUCUGGCCAAACCACCAGGAGAAAGAGCGAAGUCGAACGCUGCUGUCAGCGGCUCUUUGUUGGAGAAGCCGAUUAUGCUGAUAAAAGCCAGAGAUGAAGGAGGCAAACCGGGGACCACACCAGAUGCUGCUCUUCCACUGUCUGGCUCAGGGGCAGCAAAGCUGGAGAGGGAGGGUCAGCGUCCAACGCAGCCUGUGUAUCAGAUCCAGAAUCGAGGAAUGGGUUCGGCUGCAUCUACUUGUGCUGUUGAUCCUGUGAUUGGACAGACGAAGCUCCUCCCCCCUGAGAAAAUGAAGCACAGCAUUAAACUAGUGGAUGACCAGAUGAAUUGGUGCGACAGUGCUAUGGAGUACCUACGAGACCAGACUGACAUGCUGGUUGUGGGAGUUAUUGGGCUCCAGGGGAUGGGAAAGUCCACCAUCCUGUCUCUCCUCUCAGCCAAUAUGCCUGAAGAAGACCAAAGGGCAUACGUGUUCAAGGCCCAGACGCAGGAGAUCAAAGAGCGAGGGGGAAAUCAAACGACUGGAAUCGACUUCUACAUUACACAAGAGAGAGUGAUCUUCUUAGACACACAGCCAAUUUUAAGCCCUUCGAUCUUGGACCAUCUCAUUAACAAUGACCGCAAGUUGCCGCCUGAGUAUAACCUGCCACACACGUAUGUGGAGAUGCAGUCACUCCAGAUAGCUGCUUUUCUCUUCACUGUGUGUCAUGUGGUAAUCGUGGUUCAGGACUGGUUCACAGACAUCAACCUCUACAGGUUUCUACAAACCGCUGAGAUGCUAAAGCCUUCGACUCCAUCUGGCAGCCACGAUAGUGUCGGAUCAUCAGGACCAGAUGAUGGUUCAGAAUACUAUCCUCACCUAAUUUUCUUACAGAACAAAGCAAGAAGGGAGGAUUUUUGUCCCCGAAACCUGAAAGAUAUGCACAUGGUUGUGGACAAGCUCAUGGCCCACUCCCACCUGAAAUAUAAAGGCAUGCUGUCCAUGUUGGACUGUAAUAUAUUCCCUGGACUGGGUCGGGACUACCUUGAAAAUGAAGUCAAUCUUUUCCUUUUGCCAAUUUUGGAGAAUGAUGGAGAUGACGCUUUGACAAGAGCAGGAUCUGGAUCUACUCCUCUUUUCUCUCUGCUGCCUGGCUACAAAGGCCACCCAAGCUUUUCGUCUCUGAUGUCCAAACUGCGUAGCCAAGUCCUGGCCAUGCCACGCAAUCAACUCUCCCACACCAUCCUCACUGAGAAAAACUGGUUCCACUAUGCUGCCCGAAUUUGGGAUGGGGUAAAGAAAUCCUCUGCGCUAUCCGAAUACAGCCGCUUACUGUCCUGAACCACACAAGACACGUAUCUGAAAAUGCCAGCAAUGAUGAAGGUCUCAGCUGCACAUUCACUAAACUUGGCAACAGUUAUCUUUUGAUCCACAGUGGGUCUGUGGCCAUAUCCUCCAUGAGCAACUAGACCAAGGCUGACUCUUCACUGGAACACCUGAUGUUCAGGCAGUAGCUACAGGAACACACUCUAAUGUACCAUAAAUAGGGAAAUAGAGCACGGAUUUUGGAUCUUCUGACAACUUUUUGAUCCAUCAAUUGUGGUCUACAUCAAAGGUUAAGGGAAAAAGAGCUGAGCUCUGAAUUUUCUCUCACGCACGCUCUAAGAUUUAUUGCUAAUCUGGUCUGUUAUGGUGGCUCCAGAGCCUCUCCUCUGGAUGGGAAACCAGUUCAUUACUGGGCACCAUACAUGCACUGUACUGCAUUUUAUCUUAGCCAGUCCACCUACUUGGCAUGGUGUGAGGAAACAGGAGAAUCUGGAAAGAAAACCCAUAUGGAAACAGCGAGAAGAUGUCUAGAAACACCAGACAUGCAGUAACUCGAGCUCAGGAUCAGACGACCAGCCCUGGAGAUCUGAGGUGACCGGGCUACCCACUGUGCCAGUGUGACACUUAUUUAUUUGCUGUAAAUGAACAAAUUUAAAAUGUAGAUUGUAAGAUUACCUUGUAUGGAAACAAGUUUUUUACGUUUAAUAAAACAACACUGACGUUAAA